AUGCAGCUCAAAGUGCUGCCAGUGCAGCUCAUCUUCCUCGACUACGCCUCCAUAUUCCAGAAAUUCCAGAUAUGGCGUCUCGUUACAAGCAUCUUCUUUGCAGGAGGAUUCAGCAUGAGAUUCGCCUUCACUCUCCUUAUGAUAGCCCGCUACUGUGUACAGAUGGAGACAUCAGCUUUCGCCGGAAGAACAGCGGACUUUCUCUACAUGCUCAUGAUCAACACGCUCAGCCUGCUGCUCAUCGCCCUCCUCAUCCCCUUUAAGAUCUUCUUCCUUAGUGAGCCGCUGCUCCUCUCGGUCAUCUACCUGUGGAGCCGGGAGAAUCCCAACGGUGUCGUCAACUUCAUGGGUCUUCUAUCCAUGCCCGUGAGUCCCCUCUCUAUGGCGCCCCUUGUAUUCCUCUUCCUGUUUAUCCCCUUUAAGUGCCUCUUCCUUAGGGAGCCUCUGCUCCUCUCAGUCGUCUACAUGUGGAUCCGGGAGAAUUCCAACGGUGUUGCGUUCUACCUGCCAUGGGCAUACCUCUUCAUGGAUCUGCUCUUUGGAAUGAGCGUGGUUGACUCGCUAGCCGGCAUAGUGGCGGGUCACAUCUACUACUUCCUCACGGCCGUGUAUCCGCGCACAGGGGGGGCUCAGCUCAUCCGCACGCCACUCUGGGUGGGCAGGCCAAGAGGUCACAUCUACUACUUCAUCAUCCCCGUGUAUGCACGCACAGGAGGCUUGUAG